CGCUGUCGAUGCACUCAAUUAUGCCAAAUCUGGCUACACUGCAUGCAUACAUAUAUUCAUACAGUCUGACAGUAGCGCAUUCUGUCAACAAUUCUAACAAAAUCCUUUGAAUAGCAAUUCAACCACAUAUGUUACCCGGUAAUGACAGUUGAUUUCAAUUAGUCAGUAUUAAAGACAAAUAAUUAUUAUGAACAUUUUUACACUAACCAUUAGCUUGUUCUUACUUGUUCAAUUGUCGAGAUGUACGUUAUCGCCACCGAGAGGAAAAACUGGUAAGAAAAAUAAAGGAAAAAUCGAGAGUAAGAAAGGCCCUGCAGAUCAGGAUGUUUUCGAGCGGUAUUUGGUUGUUAAGAAUCCUAAAUCACACGAUAUUAUUCGUGAAUCGGGAUUCUAUUUUUCUAAUACAACUCGCAGACGAUUUACCGGGGAUGUUUUAGGAUACAUUACACCGUGGAAUAACAAUGGGCUCGAAGUUUCCAAACUAUUUCAUGGAAAAUUUACCAUGGUAUCACCAGUGUGGUUAGCGUUUCCAGGAGGCAAUGAUUCAACGUACAAAUUGGCGACUCACGAUGUACAGAAAAAGUGGUUGAAAGAAAUGAGAUCUGCAAACAAUGAAGACCAUUAUGUGAAAAUUUUACCAAGAGUAUUAUUUGAACAUUGGUCGGUCAAUGAUAUUAUUGGAUUGUACAGCGACACAAAUAAACAGAUUGCACUAAUUUCUGUACUCAUAGAUACGGCUAAGACGUUCCAUUUUGAUGGCUACGUUUUUGAAAUGUGGAACCAGUUUGUAUUAUCGGGUGCAGACAUGCAGAUUGUUGUGUCAGUGAUUCAAUCCAUAGCUCAAAACCUGAAAAAUAAUGAUUUGGAUGUAAUUUUAGCAGUGCCACCAUCGGGAGGCCCAACAGUUCAGUUGUUUAAUAGAGAUCAAUUUGACCAGUUAUCACCAUAUUUAAAAGCUUUUUCUCUAAUGACGUACGAUUAUUCAAGCGUACAACGUCCUGGACCCAACAGUCCUUUGGAUUGGGCAAGGGAAUGCGUGGAAUUGUUAGUACCCGAAAAUGGUCCUAAACGGGCACAGAUAUUGCUAGGUCUUAAUUUCUAUGGAUACAAUUACACCCCUGAAGGCGGGGGAGCGAUUCUAGGGUCAGACUAUUUGAAAAUACUCGAAUCCUUUAAAGGGAAAAUUCAGUGGGAUAAUAACAGCAAAGAACACUUUUUCGAAGCAAAGUCAUCAGGGGGCAGUGGAAUUAUCUUUUAUCCGACAUUAUACUCUAUUCUCCAUCGACUGGAUCUUGCAUCAGAAUUGGGUACAGGUAUAUCUAUUUGGGAGCUUGGUCAGGGAUUACAUUACUUUUACGAUUUGUUAUGA